UUUACUUUCAACAUGGCGACUUUUGGUCGAAUUUCCAGCACGUGUGUUACGAAACAGGCAAAAUUGCGACUUUAUAUGACAAUAUCUAGACAUUUGAGUGCUGGAGUUCACAGAGCAGUUAUUCUUCAACCUUUAGCAUCGACAUGCUUAUGUAAAAACUCGAUUCAUACAAAACCUGAUUGCAUAAACGAGGUCAAAGGACAGUUGCAUCAUACUUGUCUGCCUUUACCAAAGUCACAAGUUGCAAUUAACAGAAACUACUCUUCCUUUUAUUCUCUUGGCAAUAUAUUCAAUAGCAGUGCCUUUGCAAGAAAUGAUGCUUUCUCCACAUUUAAUAUUUCUAAAAGAUUUUGCAGCAGUAACAGUAGCAGCAGUGAUGGAGAAGAUGGAGCCAGUAGCAGUGGGGGAGAGCAAGAGGAUGUAUCAGCUGAGACUGCAACAGAAGAAAAACCAACAUCUACAACCAAUUCAUUAUUGGCUCCUAUUACAGUCCCAGAUUAUUUUCCAAACCUUCCUGUUUUGACGAUUAAUCGUAACAUUGUUUUCCCAGGAUUUAGAAAAUUAAUAACCGUGACAGAUAAAGACCUGAUAAGUCUCUUGGUGAGGAAGAUGGAAUUGAGACAGCCAUAUGCUGGUGUGUUUUUAAAAAAAGAUGAAAGUAAUAAUGCAGAAGUUGUGGAAAGUUUGAGUGAUGUUUAUAAUGUUGGAGUGUUUGUGAAGAUUCUUUCCAUGCAAGUACUGGAAGCUGCAGAUAAAAAAAUGAUUAUGGAGGUACAGGCUUACAGAAGAAUAAUGAUCAAGUCUGUGUUAACUGAAGAUCAGAAACCUGAUGAGGAAGCAAAGAAGAAAGGAAAAAGAAAGAAUAGAAGGAGGAACAAUGUACUGGAUACAUUUCUCGAGAAUCCAAAAGGAGGUUCAGCUCCUAUACUGCCAAUUGAAGCAUCUGAAUUAGAUGAGAAUGGUAAUCCAGAAUUGAUCACACCUGAUCCUGAACUGAUCGCGCCCGAUCCUGAACUGAUCACGUCCGAUCCUGAACUGAUCACGCCCGAUCCUGAACUGAUCAAGUCAGAUCCUGAACUGAUCACGCCCACUCCCCCUCCAUCGACCAAUGAUAUACUGGAAGGUUUAGUGGUUACACCUCCAGAGUUACCAAAGGUUCUGAUGGUGGAAACAGAAAAUAUAAAAGAUUUACCUUUAACUAGCGAUACUAAGAUAAAGGCUCUUACUGCAGAAAUUGUUAAAACUAUUCAAGAAAUACUUAUGAUGAAUCAUUUAUACAGAGAUCAGUUACUGUCAAUCUUAGAUAAAGGAUCUGUUGCAGGUGAUCCAGUUUUUAUGUGUGAUCUAGCUGCUCAGCUACUAAAUUCAGUUGAAGCAAAAGAUCAACAAAAGGUUCUUGAAGAAACCGAUAUAUCAAAAAGAUUAUAUCUAACAUAUGAACUACUUAAAAUUGAAUAUGAUGUUUGUAAACUACAGAGAAAAAUAGUGAAAGAGGUUGAAGAGAAAGUCCAGAAACAACACAGAGAAUAUAUUUUAAGAGAACAGUUAAAAGUUAUAAAAAGGGACUUGGGUAUUGAAAAAGAUGAUAAAGAUGCUCUGGAAGAUAAGUUUAAAGAAAGAAUAAAGGAUUUAGUGGUUCCCAAACAUGUUAUGGAAGUCAUUGAUGAAGAAACAAAUAAACUCAGUUUCCUUGAUCAACAUUCAUCAGAGUUCAAUGUAACAAGAAAUUAUCUUGAUUGGUUGACCAAUUUACCCUGGGGUAAAUAUAGUGAAGAGAAUUUGGAAAUAGAUCAAGCCAAAGAAGUAUUGGAGGAAGACCAUUAUGGAAUGGAAGAUGUUAAAAAUAGAAUUCUUGAAUUUAUAGCAGUAAGCCAGUUAAAAAAAUCAACACAAGGAAAAAUAUUAUGUUUUUAUGGUCCACCAGGGGUGGGUAAAACAAGCAUAGCCAGAUCUAUUGCUAAAGCAUUAAAUAGAGAGUAUUACAGAUUCAGUGUUGGAGGUAUGACUGAUGUUGCUGAAAUAAAAGGACAUAGGAGGACCUAUGUGGGAGCCAUGCCAGGUAAAAUGAUACAGUGUCUAAAGAAAACAAAGACUGAGAACCCACUUGUACUAAUUGAUGAGGUAGAUAAGAUAGGUAAAGGUUACCAGGGUGAUCCAGCUUCAGCGUUACUUGAGUUACUAGAUCCUGAACAAAAUGCUAACUUCCUUGACCAUUAUCUAGAUGUUACUGUUGAUUGUUCUAAAGUAUUAUUUAUUUGCACUGCCAAUGUGACAGAUACAAUCCCAGAACCACUUAAAGACAGAAUGGAAAUGAUAGAUGUAUCGGGUUAUGUAGCAGAAGAAAAAUUAGCCAUAGCUCAGAAAUAUUUGGUGCCACAAGCCCAGGAACAUACUGGUAUAACUAAAGAGGGUGUUACUAUAUCAGAUGAUGCCAUGAAUACUCUGAUCAAACAUUACUGUAGGGAGAGUGGAGUUAGAAAUCUACAGAAACAGGUGGAAAAGAUAUUUAGGAAAGCAGCACUUAAAAUGGUGAAGGAAAACACAGAAAAUAUAGAGAUAUCUACAGAAAAUUUAUCAGACUAUGUAGGGAAGCCAUUAUUUACUUCAGACAGGAUGUACGAUGUUACUCCAUCGGGUGUCGUCACAGGUUUAGCAUGGACUGCUAUGGGUGGUGCUACAUUAUAUAUAGAAACAGUAUUGAAAAGAGCUGUAGAACUUGGUUCUGACAAAGAUGGUGCUAUGGAAGUAACUGGCAAUCUUGGCAAAGUCAUGCAAGAAAGUAUACAGCUAGCUUAUACCUAUGCUAAAUCAUACAUGGCACAGACAGAACCUGAUAAUCACUUCCUACAGAAAGCACAGCUACAUUUACAUGUCCCUGAGGGAGCUACACCAAAAGAUGGACCUAGUGCUGGAUGUACUAUAGUAACAGCUUUAUUGUCACUGACAUUAGGGAGACCAUGUCGACAGAACCUGGCAAUGACUGGUGAGGUGUCAUUAACAGGAAAGGUGCUCCCAGUGGGAGGUAUUAAGGAGAAAACUAUUGCUGCAAAGCGAUCAGGAAUAACAUGUAUUAUCUUGCCAGAAGAGAACAGAAAAGAUUAUUCAGAUUUACCAGACUUUAUCAAAGAAGGAGUUGAGAUUCAUUUUGUAGAGAAUUAUCAACAAGUAUAUGACAUUGCAUUUCCUGUAGAUUCAUGACAGGAAGUCACUGUGAAAUAGCCAGUUCUUUCGUAGAUUAUUGCAAAGUCAAUUAGAUAUUUGUGUAUUUUAUCUAAAUGUUAAAUUAAAAGUGUAAAUCAAAUUUAUGAGUUUUAGUAAAGUGUUUAACUGUGAAUCCACUAAUCAAGUCAACCAUCCAGUUUAA